UGCUGUCUUGUGAUUGGAGCAUGGGGUACCGGAGGAGGAGGAGUGAGAAAUGAGGGGUGAGCCCCGGGGGAGUCGAGAUACUGAGGGGAUUUUUAUUCUAGGCUAAGGAAUUUUGAAUUUUACCUGACAAUCGCUGAGUGUAAUGCUAUCCUGUGGAGCUACAUUAUAAGAUAUACACUCUGGAAAAAUUACUUUGGAUGUGGAAGAUGGAUUGGAGGGCUAGAGGGCUGAGAAGAAGACCAGUUACGAAGGGAGAGAGGAAAGGAGAGGUUUCAGAAGAUUAAGUCCCCAGGUUUGAGGGCGAAUUGAUAGGAGAAAGAAAAAAGGAAGAAUCUAUAUUGAUGGCACGAUUGAUUUCUGGCUGGGGCUGUUGAAUCUAUAGCAUUGCCAAUGAACAAGGUUAGCUGAUGAAUUGCAUAUGCCAUCACUCCCUGAAAUGAUGUUUGGAGACAAUGUUUUAAGAAUCCAGCAUGGCUCUGGCUUUGGGAUUGAGUUCAAUGCUACAGAUGCCUUAAGAUGUGUGAACAACUACCAAGGAAUGCUUAAAGUAGCUUGUGCUGAAGAAUGGCAGGAAAGCAGGACGGAGGGCGAACACUCCAAAGAGGUUAUUAAACCAUACGAUUGGACCUAUACAACAGAUUAUAAGGGAACAUUACUUGGAGAAUCUCUUAAGUUAAAGGUUGUACCAACAACAGAUCAUAUAGAUACAGAGAAAUUGAAAGCCAGAGAACAGAUUAAGUUUUUUGAAGAAGUUCUCCUGUUUGAGGAUGAACUUCAUGAUCAUGGAGUUUCAAGUCUGAGUGUGAAAAUUAGAGUGAUGCCUUCUAGCUUUUUCCUGCUGUUGAGGUUUUUCUUGAGAAUUGAUGGGGUGCUUAUCAGAAUGAAUGACACGAGACUUUACCAUGAGGCUGACAAGACCUACAUGUUACGAGAAUAUACAUCACGAGAGAGCAAGAUUGCUAAUUUAAUGCAUGUUUCACCUUCCCUCUUCACGGAACCUAAUGAAAUAUCGCAGUAUUUACCAGUAAAGGAAGCAGUUUGUGAGAAGCUAAUAUUUCCAGAAAGAAUUGAUCCUAACCCUGCAGACUCACAAGAAAGCACACCUGUGGAAUAGAAUGUGAUACAACAUAUACUCACUGUGGAAUCUGACUGGACACCCUGGCUAUUUGUAGGAGGGUAUUUUUAUUAUGAGAAUUAAUCGCCUUGUUUAUGUGCAGAUUUUCUGUAGCCUUAAAGGGAGAAAAAUAAAUAAAUAAAAGAUUAUUUCAGGCAGGUUCCACUCAACUGCUGUUUGUACUAUCUUCAAAUUCAUAUUCCAGAUUUAUAUUUUCUGGAGUUAAAUUUGGAUUUCUAAAUUGCUCCAAAAUGGGACCUCAGCAGUAGUGAUGUUUGUACGUCUCAUGAGCAGUGGGUAUAGUCUGUGUCCAUCAUGAAACACUAUCUUCUACCACAAGGAGGUUAAUUUAAAUGACUGAAUCCCGACACCUUGUGAGUUUCAUAGGAUUCCUGAUCAUGCAUGUUCAUGUACUGACUCUUCACUUUGAACUUUCUGAUGUUUAUUUGCACUUCUGGAGAGUCAUGACUUGCCACCUAGGAAAUUAAUCUCAUAGUUUAGUGAUCUUCACCCACAAAAUUUAAAAAAUAUAUUUACCCCUAAUUUUAAAUUGGCUUUGAAAUUUAAAGAAAGUUUCAGACACAUAAUUUUAAAAAAUAUAGUUGUUUGCCGAGCCCGUGGCGCACUCGGUAGAGUGCUGCGCUGGGAGCACGGCGACGCUCCCACCGCGGGUUCGGAUCCUAUAUAGGAAUGACCGGUGCACUCACUGGCUGGGUGCUGGUCACGAAAAAAAAAAAAAAAAAAAAAUAUAGUUGUUUGGAGAACUUAAUCUAUUAUGUACAUGGAAACAUAUGAACAUGGUUUACCACAGACAGGUAGGAUGUCAGAGCUAUCUUUCCUCCAUCUUUAGGUGCUUUUUCUUGUAUGUGGUUUUACUUGUAUUGACAUUUUUUUUUUAUUUCCAUCUUCCAUGCAACCUUAGAGUGAAUAAAUCCCUUAAAUUUGGUAUUGGUCCUAGAAAGCUUGAAGGGUUUUAUAGUAAGGGGUUGUUUUUCGCAAAUAUUACAUCAAUCCCUAAAGCAACAAAAUAUUAAUAUUUGGGGAUAUGGAGGAGAAGGAGGCUUAUUUUAAAAUAUAAAAGCCAGUUUUUGUUUUUUUUAAGUCAUGUUUUUAACAUUGCAGGGGAUCCAGUAAAAUAUAAUUAUUAGUACAAGACCUAGAUAGUACAGAAAGUACACAAAAGUGUACUUUUCAGAUCCCUUUGGUUGUUUUGAUAAUGACCCUUCAAACAUUUUUUAUUCUUUUCUGACUUUCUAAGUGGUCUUCAUGAAGUGAAAAGUGAUUAUAAAGCACCAAGUAAGGAAUUAUUUGAAGUGGAUUUUUAAGAAUAAUUUUUUAAAGAGCAGGAGGAAAAAAAUCACCCCUUUUGUUGUGGUUUGAAAUAAUUUUUAUACAUGUUUCCACUUGCUGAAUAAAUCAUAAAUAAGAAUGUUUAAUUGGAAGUAUUAGCAAAACUCUACAGGUAUUAGCCUGAAGAUAAAUUGUAGUGAAACAAACACACUUGGAUAUUCAUUCAUCAUUGCUCAAACUUUGGUGAAUUGGUCUGAGCCAAACAGACAGGGUGUAUUUUAUUACCUAUGUUUAGUCACAAAUAGUUUGGUAUUUGUCUGCCUUCUGCAUCACCUCCAGAGUAUAGGAAAUCAGGAUUUUGUUGGCUUUAAGAAAAGAGAUGGUAUGUUCACUGUAUAUUAUAUAUACCUGUAAUUUAAUGUUUUCUCUUAGGACAGGAAAGUGUGUGUGUGUGUGUGUGUGUGUAUAAGUGUGUAUAUGUAUCUGGACACACACAUUGUACUCAUCUUUCUGUUUUUGUCAUGCAGAUUUGAACAGAAUAGACUGUUAAUGCAAAUUAUAAGAAAUGAAAAAGUUGUAAGAAUAUUCAUUAGUUGGAGUUUCUGGGCAACAUCAUAUUAAACACACAUGCACACUUUUUUUUUUUUUAACUUGUUGAUUUAGAUGUCUUGAUCCCUGAAAUAGUCUUAGAUUACUUCUUUUGAGAGUCUUGUUAAAAAUCAUAGGGAAUUAAAAUAACUGACCUUUUUUUUUUAAGAGGGUGGAAGGUGGGUAGGAUGAGUGUACUUCUGAAAACUUCAUUGGUUUAUUCUUGUGGAAAAUACCAAGAAAAUGUGUUUGCUCAUUGCUAAAUAUGACAUAUAUUUUAUAUUUAUUUGUUCCAGUGUCUUUUGUAAGAGGAGAAUAAACAAUCAGGAAUUACUGA